UUUUCUUGCACGGGCUCGCCGCUGGGUGAUGGGGAUGUCUGAGAGAUGAAUCCCCGUCCAGCUGGUGACUUGGUCCACGUUUGCUCUUCAGCAAAGACACUUGGGCUUGGGAGGGCUCUGUGAUCCUCUGGCUUUAUUUAGAAUGGGCAAUGCUAUUGAAAAACAGAAGCCCCUGAGACGAAGCCACCUGUGUCCCUGGAAGCAAGACUCUCAGCGUUCUCAUCUCUCCUCCUUCACCAUGAAGCUGAAGGACAAAUUCCACUCGCCCAAAAUCAAGAGAACGCCAUCAAAGAAGGGAAAACCAGCCGAGGUGUCUGUGAAGAUUCCAGAGAAGCCCAUGAACAAAGAGGCAACAGACAGAUUUCUACCAGAGGGCUACCCUAUCCCCUUGGAUCUGGAGCAGCAGGCAGUAGAGUUUAUGUCCACCAGUGCUGUGGCUUCCAGGUCUCAAAGGCAGAAGAACCUGAGCUGGCUGGAGGAGAAAGAGAAGGAAGUUGUCAGUGCCUUGCGCUACUUUAAGACCAUUGUGGACAAAAUGGCCAUUGAUAAGAAGGUCCUGGAGAUGCUCCCGGGGUCUGCCAGCAAGGUGCUGGAGGCCAUCUUACCCCUGGUGCAGAGUGACCCUCGGAUUCAGCACAGCUCAGCCCUCUCCUCCUGCUACAGCCGAGUGUACCAAAGUCUCGCCAACCUCAUCCGUUGGUCUGACCAAGUGAUGCUGGAAGGCGUGAACUCAGAAGAUAAAGAGAUGGUGACAACUGUGAAGGGGGUCAUCAAGGCCGUGCUGGACGGAGUAAAGGAGCUGGUCAGACUCACCAUCGAGAAGCAGGGGCAUCCGUCUCCAACAAGCCCCGUGAAACCCAGCUCCCCAGCCUGCAAACCUGACAGCCAGUCUGAGCUCCCCCUGACGGAUCGAGAGAUGGAGAUUCUAAACAAGACGACCGGCCUGUCACAGUCGACCGAGGGGCUCCCAGACUCUAUGGACGAAGAGGUUGCACCCCCCAAGCCCCCCUUACCUGGUAUUAGGGUGGUUGAUAACAGUCCUCCACCAGCACUGCCCCCAAAGAAGAGACAGUCGGCUCCAUCCCCCACCCGCGUGGCCGUUGUGGCCCCCAUGAGUCGAGCCACCAGCGGCUCCAGUUUGCCUGUUGGAAUUAAUAGGCAGGACUUUGACGUGGACUGUUACGCACAGAGACGGCUGUCGGGAGGCAGCCACUCGUACAGCGGUGAGUCUCCCCGCCUGUCGCCCUGCAGCAGCAUCGGCAAGCUCAGCAAGUCGGAUGAGCAGCUGUCCUCUCUGGACAGGGACAGCGGGCAGUGCUCCCGGAACACAAGCUGUGAAACGCUAGAUCAUUACGAUCCUGACUAUGAGUUCCUUCAGCAAGACCUCUCCAAUGCAGACCAGAUACCUCAGCAAGUGGCCUGUAACCUCAGCCCGCUGCCGGAGUCCUUGGGGGAGUCUGGGUCUCCAUUUCUUGGCCAUCCUCUCCAGCUGCCUCUGGGCAGUUGUCCCCAGCCAGAUGGGUCCUCGGCCCCCGGGCAGCAGACGGACGUGCCGCCGGCCCUGCCUGAGAAGAAGCGCAGGAGUGCGGCCUCCCAGACCUUGGACAGCUCUGGCUGCAGGGCAUCCUACGAGCGACACCCCUCGCAGUACGACAACAUCUCCGAGGACGACCUGCAGAACCCAGCCUCCGUCCAGUCCGUCCCCUUCACACCCUUUGCUGCUAUUCUUCCCUUUCAGCAAGGAGGUUCCUCAGCCUCUGUCGACUUUAUGGGUGAUUUCACUGUUUCUGAAUCAACGGGUGACCCAGAAAAACCGCCGCCUCUCCCUGAGAAGAAAAACAAACACAUGCUGGCCUACAUGCAGCUGCUUGAGGACUACUCAGAGCCACAGCCCUCCAUGUUCUACCAGACGCCACAGAAGGAGCACGUGUAUCAGCAGAAGAACAAGCUGCUCAUGGAGGUGUACGGCUUCAACGACUCCUUCAGCGCCGGCGACGCCCCGCACGAGCUCGCCCCACCCCCCGCCCUGCCCCCCAAGCAGCGGCAGCUGGAGUCACCUGCAGCGAAGGACGGACACUCCAGAGAUACCACGUCGGCCGGCUGUGUGCCCGGGAAGGAGGGCAGGGACAGCGGGGACAGGGCCCUGAAGUCGCCAGAUGCUUCAGAGGCUCAGUCCGAAGAGGAGGUGGACGAGCUGUCCCUCAUUGACCACAAUGAGAUCAUGGCGAGGCUGACCCUCAAGCAAGAGGGCGACGACGGGCCAGACGUCCGUGGAGGGUCGGGCGACAUCCUCCUCGUCCACGCCACAGAGACGGACAGGAAAGAUCUGGUGUUGUACUGCGAGGCCUUCCUGACAACCUACAGGACCUUCAUCACGCCCGAGGAGCUCAUCAAGAAGCUGCAGUACAGGUACGAGAAGUUCUCUCCUUUUGCCGACACAUUCAAGAAGCGUGUGAGCAAGAACACGUUUUUCGUGCUGGUGCGGGUGGUGGACGAGCUCUGCCUGGUGGAGCUGACAGAAGAGAUCCUGAAGCUGCUGAUGGAGCUGGUCUUCCGCCUGGUGCGCAGCGGGGAGCUCAGCCUGGCACGCGUGCUCCGCAAGAACAUUCUGGACAAGGUCGAUCAGAAGAAGCUGCUCCGGUGUGCCAACUCCGACCAGCCCCUGGCGGCCCGGGGCGUGGCAGCCAGGCCCGGGACCUUGCACGACUUCCACAGCCAUGAAAUAGCUGAGCAGCUGACUCUGCUAGAUGCCGAGCUCUUUUAUAAAAUAGAGAUUCCUGAGGUUUUGCUUUGGGCCAAAGAGCAGAACGAGGAGAAGAGCCCGAACCUGACCCAGUUCACGGAGCACUUCAACAACAUGUCCUACUGGGUCCGGUCGAUAAUCAUGUUGCAGGAAAAGGCCCAAGACAGGGAACGGCUGCUCUUGAAGUUCAUCAAGAUCAUGAAGCACUUACGGAAGCUGAACAACUUCAACUCCUACCUGGCCAUCCUCUCAGCGCUGGACUCGGCCCCCAUCCGCAGGCUGGAGUGGCAGAAGCAGACCUCAGAGGGCCUGGCCGAGUACUGCACGCUUAUCGACAGCUCGUCCUCUUUCCGUGCCUACCGGGCUGCCCUGUCGGAGGUGGAGCCACCCUGCAUCCCUUACCUGGGCCUCAUCCUGCAGGACCUCACCUUCGUCCACCUGGGGAACCCAGACCUCAUCGACGGGAAGGUGAACUUCUCCAAGCGCUGGCAGCAGUUCAACAUCCUGGACAGCAUGCGCUGCUUCCAGCAAGUGCACUACGACAUCCGGAGAAACGAUGACAUCAUUAACUUCUUCAACGACUUCAGUGACCACCUGGCCGAGGAGGCCCUAUGGGAACUCUCUCUGAAAAUCAAACCCAGGAACAUAACCAGGAGGAAGACAGACAGAGAAGAGAAGACCUAGGGGCGGCUGCUGCGGGCGAGGAGAACGCCCGAGAGAGGCGCAGGGCCGCUCCGAGGCUGAAGGGACUGUGGACCUGUGUGGUGGCAGUGGCCCGUGUCCCGGCCGAGGAGCCCCAGCCCAGGCGGGCCCCUGCGGUGCCGGGCGGGCGUCCGGAGCCCACGGCCGCGGCGGAGCCACAGGCGGCUCUCAUGGCCGAGCUGUGACCCAGCGGUCUGGGUUUGGUUGGGGUUCUGCUUCCGCGCCGUCUUCCACUCUGCCUGUGUCCCCUCCCCGAGCCCGGGAGCCGCAGAGCAUGUGGUCAGCAGACCGAGGGACGGAGGGACAGGGUGCCAUCUGAGUCUGCUGUCGUGACACGGGGCAGGGGCCCGCGGGCCGGGGCUGCCCACCCGGUGACCAUGGAUGACCGGGCCUGCAGGCAGGCGGGCGGGCAGGGAGACCGGGCAGACUCCUCUCACUUCCCAUGCGCUGCUUUUUCAACGGAGGAUGGGGGCGCUGCUCACCUGGCCCGGAAAGGUACGACAGGGGGCCCCUCAGCAGCCCGGAGCUAGGGCUCCGCUCACGGUACCGGCCCGCCCUGGCCGGGCCCAAGCAGCCACCGUGUCAGUCCUGUUUCGCCCCUUUGUCUCCCCCUGCCCUCACCCCAGGAGCUGGGCAGGCAGGCCGUGACCCCCCCCCAAGGAUGACUCCAGCUAAGCAGGGCCAUUGCUCUUGGUGAGUCCCUUCAGAGAGCGGAGGGCGGGCCAGCGGCCCCACCUCUGUCGCUUGCCGUGUGCCUUAAACUCCAGCUCCUUCGGGCUCCCCUCCCACCUUGUCCCCAGCCUGCUGGGGCCAGAUGGGCUGCUCUUCAGCCCUUUCUGCCGCGAGGCCGGCUCUACCGUGGGAGGACAGGGUCCCAGCUGUGAAGCCCCGCCCGCAAGGCCUGGCAUCUUCAGGGGAAGGUGCUUUCACCCUGUGCUUCCCCCAAGCCACUCCCGCUACUGAGGCUGACAAUCCGAGGCGAGGCCAGUGGGGGCUCACGGAGGCGCCCACCAGACUCCAUGCCAGCCAGGCCUAGGCGUGCGGGCACCGCCCCCCUUCUGGUUGGUUUCACAUCACUGAGUGCCCGCUGCUCCCGGGUUUGGGACUCAGGCCGGCAAACAGCAGGCUUGGUCCAGGCUUAGCCCAGUUUCAGCAGAACGAAAAGAGUGGAAGCAAUCUCUGUUAACUAUUUAAAGAAACAGCCCUGUCACUCCGAGUCCUUCGUGGGUUUCUGAACGGUUUUUAUCGAGCAGCCGUCUGUCCUGUAUGCAGAGGGGAGGAGUCUGAAAUGUCAGCCACGACCCCUCAGCAGCGAUCCUUGGGCGGAACGCGUCACUUUAUUAUUUAAGGAGUGUGUGUGUAGAGUCGCUGUUUAUGAACAGUACUGUGUGUGGGGUUGGGUUUUAGUUUGUUCUCGCUUUUUCGAGUCCUCUCAUUUCAGCCUUCCUCCCACCUCCCUCCUGGCCUGGCCGGCUCUGCUGACGCUACUGUGUGGGCCAGGGGCCGGCGAGGCCAGGUGACCCCCCUGUGUGAGGACAGCAGGUGCAGUGUGCGUUUUAACUUAUUGGGCUCAGGGUUCCCCACCUCCACCUCCUGGAGACCCAUCCCUGGCUCUGGGCGCUGCCAGCCUGGCUGUGUGGUUUGUCUGGCUUAGGGGCCAAGUCAGGUGUACGAGGCAGCCUGUGUGACAAAGACACGCUCGGGAGCAUUCGGUUCCCUGCGGGGCCCCUCCACACCUGUGGGUGGGUCAGGGUGAAGGCAGGCAUGUGCCAGGUCCAAAUUAGACCCCGAUUCUGAGCAGCGCCUCCCCCACCACCUCCCAGUGUUAUUACAUUGUAAUAUAUCCCCUACUAGACUAACCGGCUGAUCGUGGCAUCUUCCUGCAGACAUUUCAAACCUGUAACUUUUAUAUGAAAGGAAAUAAACACGGAUGAAAGCCGCGGCCGCCUGUGUGUGCACCGCAUGCCGCGUGUGUCAAACCGAC